UUGCCCGGGCAACCAGCUUUGCUCUCACCCCGCUUGAGAGGAGCCCGGCUGUUGCUCUGGGCAACGCGGUCUGCUGGUUACCACGCCUGCCUUCGCCCGCUUCCGGUUCAGACCCUGCGGAGGGGCGAGGACGAGGCAGAAGUCAGCGGGAUGCCUGUGGGGCCGUGGAGGAAGAGGGUAUCCCUUUGGGAUGGAACUAGGUCCUGGACACCCCCUCUCAAGUGCGGGGAGGCUGAUACUACAACUCCCAGCAUGACUCGCGGUGGCUGUCCGGUUUCUGCGCGGCUGUUCGCGCAGGGGCCUCAUGGGAGUUGGAGUUCUUUGUUGUGCGUGGGGCUCAAAGGACGUCUGGGGUGGGAAUGGGGGACUAGGGUGCUUGAGUAUCUCUGCAGAAAAGACUCUAGGACCCCGCCACCAUGUUCCCGGAGCCCCCAACCCCGGGGCCUCCAUCGCCCGACACGCCUCCCGACUCCAGUCGCAUCAGCCACGGCCCAGGUGCAGCCAGAAGUAGAGGAGCUGGAGCCAGCACCAUCCGGGCCAGGGCAGCAGGUGGCAGACAAGCAUGAGCUAGGACGACUGCAGUACUCCCUGGAUUAUGACUUCCAGAGUGGCCAGCUGCUGGUGGGCAUUCUGCAAGCAAUGGGAUUGGCAGCCUUGGAUCUUGGUGGCUCCUCGGACCCCUAUGUGCGGGUCUACCUGCUGCCAGACAAACGGAGGCGGUACGAGACCAAGGUGCAUCGGCAGACGCUGAACCCUCACUUUGGGGAGACCUUCGCCUUCAAGGUACCCUACGUGGAGCUGGGGGGCAGGGUGCUGGUCAUGGCGGUGUACGACUUCGACCGCUUCUCUCGCAAUGACGCCAUCGGGGAGGUGCGGGUCCCUAUGAGCUCCGUGGACCUGGGGCGGCCAGUGCAGGCCUGGCGGGAGCUGCAGGCGGCUCCGCGGGAGGAGGAGAAGCUUGGGGACAUCUGCUUCUCCCUCCGCUAUGUCCCCACGGCCGGGAAGCUCACCGUCAUCGUCCUGGAGGCUAAAAACCUGAAGAAGAUGGACGUAGGAGGACUGUCAGAUCCAUACGUCAAGGUCCACCUGCUGCAGGGUGGCAAAAAGGUGCGGAAGAAGAAAACCACCAUCAAGAAGAACACUCUGAACCCCUAUUACAACGAAGCUUUCAGCUUCGAGGUGCCCUGUGACCAAGUCCAGAAGGUGCAGGUGGAGCUGACCGUGCUGGACUACGACAAGCUGGGCAAGAACGAGGCCAUCGGGAGGGUGGCCGUGGGGGCGGCCGCCGGCGGGGCUGGCCUGCGGCAUUGGGCGGACAUGCUGGCCAACCCGCGGCGGCCCAUUGCCCAGUGGCACUCGCUGCGGCCCCCGGACCGAGUGAGGCUGCUGCCUGCGCCCUGACUCCCGCCCCAAGCCCCCGGCCAAGCCUGGACUCUAGCCCCUGACCCCAGACUCCCGAGACCGGCCAAAGCCAAGCCAUCCCCACCCUUAAGCUUCCUCUGACCGUUACCCUCCCCCCACCUUCCACCCCAACCAUCUGAACCAUUCCUGUCUUCUCACCCCCAACGAUGGCAAUCACGACAACUUUCCAGCAUACUCCCCCGACCCCCGCGGACACACCCAGAUGCGCCAGGGACCCCUGGGAAGGGAAGGCAGCCUGGUUUCUCCUGCCCCCGGGUCCUGCCCCCUGCUUUGACAAUCAGCCAUCCUCGUCUGCUCUCCUCUCUCUUCUAACACAGCCCAUCCCUGCACUGCUCCUGGGGCCAAAUAAAUAUUCAGCAGCUCC